AUGGCCUCCCAAAUGGGCAGCAUCGCCCAGCUGCUGGACGCUACUUUAGACCCCAGCACUCACAAGAAAGCCGAGAACGCCCUCAAGGCUGAGCAAAGCAAGCCCCAAUACUCGCUACAACUGCUCAACAUCGUUGCUUCCGACCCUCUGCCCCUCAAGACUCGUCUGGCUGCUGCUUUGGCUUUCAAGAACUUCAUCCGCUCCAACUACGUUGACGCCGACGGAAACUACAAGCUCCCCGCCGAUGAGGUGCAAACCAUCAAGUCUCAGCUUAUUGGGCUGAUGAUUGCCUGCCCUCCCGCUAUUCAAACACAGCUUGGCGAUGCCAUCAGCAUCAUCGCCGACUCCGACUUCUGGGAGCGGUGGCAAUCUCUGACGCAGGAGCUCGUCGAGAAGUUUUCCCCCGUCGAUCCCAAGAUCAACAUCGGUGUCCUCGAAGUCGCCCACUCUAUCUUUGUCCGCUGGCGACCCCUCUUCAGAACCGACGAGCUGUACACGGAAAUCAACCAUGUCAUUAGCACCUUUGCCCAGCCUUUCGUGCGGCUCCUGGUUCAAACCGACGAGCAGAUCACCAAGAACGCCCAGAACAAGGAUGUUCUUAAGAACUGGUUCGAUGCUCUGAGUCUCAUGAUCAAGAUCUUCUACGAUCUCUCGUCACACGACAUGCCUCCCAUCUUCGAAGAACAUCUGGCGUCCAUCUCCGAGCUCCUGCACAAGUACCUCACUUACUCGAACCCAAUCCUCGAAACCGAUGACGAUACCGAGGUUAGUGUCGUCGAUACCGUCAAGGCGGACAUUUGCGAGGCUCUGGAGCUCUACACCCUCAAGUACGAUGAGGACUUCAGCAAGUACACCGAGCCUUUCAUCACAAACGCUUGGAACCUGCUUUCAAAUGUCGGAGCCGAGACCAAGUACGACUUGCUAGUCAGCAAGGCCCUGCACUUCUUGACCGCUGUUGCAGGCACAUCCCAGCAUUCUGGUGUCUUUGCCAACGAGGAAGUUCUGGGCCAAGUGGUCGAGAAGGUCAUUCUGCCCAACGUCGCCCUGCGCGAAUCUGAUCUGGAGCUUUUCGAGGAUGAGCCCAUCGAGUUUAUCCGUCGCGAUCUGGAGGGCUCCGACACCGAUUCCAGACGCCGCUCUGCCACUGAUUUCCUCCGGAGGCUUCAAGAGAAGUACGAGCAACUGGUCACUGGUGUUGUCUACAAGUACAUCAACCAUUACUUGGAGCAGGGCAAGACCGACUGGAAGGCAAAGGACACUGCUGUCUACCUGUUCAUCUCGGUCGCCGCCAAGGGUUCCGUCACCUCUGCUCAGGGUGUCAAGACCGUCAACUCUCUGGUCAACGUUGUUGACUUCUUCGAGCAGCACAUUGCGUCUGACCUGAUGGCGAGCGCAGGCGUUGAGCCUAUUUCCAAGGUCGAUGCCAUCAAGUAUCUGCAUACCUUCCGUAGCCAGUUGACGAAGGAGCAAUGGAAGCUGGCGUUUCCUCCUCUCAUCCAGAACCUGGCCUCGGACAACUACGUUGUCUACUCUUACGCUGCAAUUGCAGUGGAGCGCCUUCUCUUCUUGUCUGAUGAUUCUGGCAAGGCUAUGUUUCCUCGCGAGGAUAUUCAGCCUUUCGCGAAGGACCUGCUGGACCACCUGUUCAAGUUGAUUGAGAAGGAGAGAACCCCUGCGAAGUUGCAGGAGAAUGAGUUCUUGAUGAGAUGCGUCAUGAGAAUCCUCAUCGUCAUCAAGGACGGUGCGGCACCUCUCGUCGAGGGCAUCCUCACGCACUUGAUUGCUAUUACCAACAUGAUCAAACAGAACCCUAGCAACCCGCGCUUUUACUACUACCACUUUGAGGCACUGGGCGCGCUUGUCAGAUACUGCUCUUCGACGAGCGCAGCACUCUUCAACCAGAAGUUGUGGGAGCCCUUCAACCAGAUUCUGGUGGAAGAUGUCUCAGAAUUCCUGCAGUACAUUUUCCAGAUCCUGGCGCUGCUCCUGGAGUCAAGCCCUCGUGAUGCUAUUUCGGACAACUACAAGGCUUUCCUGGGCCCGUUGCUCGAGGCAGGCUUGUGGGACACCAAGGGUAACGUGCCUGCUUGCACACGACUUUUGUCAGCCGUCAUUCCCGCUACUGCCAGUUACAUCGUCUCGGAGAACAAGCUCGAGGCGAUCCUUGGUAUUUUCCAGCGCCUCCUAAAUUUCAAGAAGUACCAGUUGUACGCCUUUGACAUUCUGGAGGCUGUUGUGAAGUCAUUCGAGCCCGGCGUCCUUGACCAAUACUUUGGCACGAUUUUGAAUCUCACAUUUGCCAAGUUGCAGGGCAACCCACCCGAUUCGCUGAAGCUGCGUUUCGCUCGGUUCUUCCACCUCGUCUCGGCCCGCCUUGAGGCCGGGUACGGCGCCGACUACUUCAUGCAGCACUCGGAGAAGAUCCAAGAGGGCAUCUUUACCAAGGUUUACCCGGCUUUCGUUCUCGGUGAGACGGAAAAGCUGGCGCGUCCUGUCGACCGCAAACUUGCUGUGAUCUCUCUCACCAAGGUUCUUUGCGACUCUCAGGCCUUUGCGCAAAAGUUCGCCAAGGGUUGGGCAAACACCUGCAAGAUUCUUCUCGCACUGCUUGUGAACCCACCCGUGAUGACUGCGGGUCUUGGCGACGAGAUCAUUGCUGAGGCUGACGUUGAUGACAUUGGCUUCGGACUGUCGUACACCGCACUCAACACUUGCAAGCCGAUUGUGCGUGACGAUUAUCCCGAGGUCACUGCCGUGGCCCCGUGGGUCAGCGCGUACAUCAGCUCUGCCAACCAGCGCCACAACGGAGCCAUUGUGAACUUCAUUAGUACGCGUCUUACGCCGGAGCAGCAGCAGGCACUGCAGCAGUAUCUGCAAUAG